CCGGUUUGAGCUAGUUUUCUUCCAAUGGAACAUUCUCAUCUGGCUACCCUGUAUUACAUAGACUGGACGAGUACAGCUUUAUCCGGAGUAUACGACUACACUACAUUUUUGACCCCUAUUCAGUUACAUUUCGCCGUUUGUUUGUUUGUUUUUUUUUUCUCCGCUCCCUUUUCCACACAUCUACCAUGCCUAGAAGGAGCAAAGACGAUCCAGAUGCAGCUGAAACAGCACCCAAGAGGAGAUCUGUCAGAUUGAGUGAUAGGCCCACAGCUGCAAAAGCAGAGCCCAAACCCAAGCCAAAGAAGGCACCUGCGAAGCUGAAGAAAGGGAAGGAGGUGGAGAAGGCCAAGCCUGAGGAAAAGGCGGAGGAUGCCCCUGCUGAGAAUGGUGAAGCCAAAGCUGAGGAAGAGGCACCAGCCACGGAUGCGGCGGAGGAAAAAGAUGAGGAAGCAGAAUAACAUCUCUCAAACCACAUCUUUACCAAUGCUCCCUGUACCUCUUUUCUUGUACAAUUCAGGGGAAUAUUUUUAUCAACUAUUUUCUAAAUACAGGUUUUUUAGUAGUUUCUAGAGAACACUUUUUUUUUUAUUUUAUUUUAUUUUUUUAAUUUUUAUUUUAUUUUAUUUUUUUACAAAAGACAAAAAAAAAAGUCAAUUUGAAGACGGGGAAAUGUCAUCACAUCCCACAAUUUUUUUGCUCCUCUGAAAUGGCGGCGGGGGUCAUUGUAACUGUCGGUGGUUUUCAUUUCAAAGUUGUUUUAAAUGUGAAGGAAGGGAGGGUCCAGGAUGGGUUACAGUGUCCACAAGCAAACAUGGUCAUAGGAUCUUGGUCUACAACUGAAAGUGUGCCUGUGUGGAUUACAUUCCAUAUGCUUUAAAGGGACAUUGUAUGUAAUCUGUGCUGGGGCAGAGGUGGACACAGUCACACAUUGUUUAUAAUGAAGAACAGUGUUUUAGAAUGUUUGCAAGCUUUGUCCUCAUGUUAACUCUUGUACUCAUGCAGUUUUAAAAUGAAAUUUGAUCAAUAAAUUAAAAAUUCCUUGUAGUGAAGCUCUCCGUAUCCAAACUAUGUAUCUUCUGUGUUGGUUGUGUCCCAGUUCUGUGAUAGCAUUGCAAUAAAUUUGUAUAGCUGCUGUGAAAAAGGGUUUGCAAUCUCUGUAUACAGUGUAUAAUGGUACAUUGUAUGGAUGGGAAAAAAAUAAUAAUAAUAAUUUGUUUUCUUAGCCAAGCUAGUGAGGUGUGUCAAUGUCAAAAAAACAAAUCUGGUCUAAAAUACCAGCAGACAGCCUGUACAUUUAUUUGAGAUGUCCAAUGCAUACCAGCAGUAGCAAUAUUCACACGACGUUUAGGUAACAGUGCAAGUGUGCGGUUUCUUUUUAUUUGUAUAGAUGUACCUGUGUAAUGAUUGUUAUCAACAAACCAAUAAAGCUCAAUUGGUAGUUGU